UAUUUGUCGCUCGCGCCGCCGUGGAGGGGGCACAACGGCGCGGGAUAUUCUUCAUAACUAUAGAGCAGUAGAAAUUUUAGAAACGGAGAGACCAAAGGAACAUCGUGCGAAAGGCAGUGCGCUAACUAGAAUAGGGAAUCCACAACGCCCCAAGGAUUUUGCCUCUGAGGUAGUACAUCCGUCGCCAGAUAGGGUCCUGGGGGUUUCAGGUAGAAAGACAGCCAGGCAGAAUGAAAUAUGACCCCUCGGUAGACAUAGAUCCCGGGGGUGGGAGAUAAAUCCCCAGGGAGAAAGACCCCCAAGUAGAUAGAUUCACAGGAGGGCUCCCAGGGACGGAGACACACCCCCAGGGACAUAGAUUCUCAGUGAGAUGCUUAGACUUAGAACCCCAGGGAGAUAGGUGCCCAGGGAUUUAGUUUUCUUCUAGGGAAAUAGCCCCCCAGGUAGAUUGAUAACAUAGACCCCAGGCACUGACUUAGGUAAACUCCAGUGAAGUAGGGCCCGAGGCUGGCAAGCAGCCCCCCAGGUAUGGGAAGGCUUUCAGCGGUAGAGCCCAAGGUAUGGGCAGGCGUGCAGGUAGGCCCCCAGGUAUGGGCAGGAGCUGCGCCCCCUGCGCUCGGCUGGCUUUAUUCUACCUGCCGGGCAGAACUGGCAGCGCCUUCUUCCGCUUUGCUAGCUUUCCCUUCCCACCCUCGGCCGGAAGCGCGGCUUUAGUUGGAAGGCAAAGGGGCCGAGAGCAUGCCAGGAAGCUACAUGACCCGGAGGCCGUGUUGGCUUUGUGCGCCCUCCCCUCAAAUAUGGAAUGA